UAAUAAAUAGGGAUAUUCAUAGUAAACUUAGUUCAAUUCGUGAAUUACAUUUAAUUAUAUCGCUUAUAUCAAUCAAGAACUACAUCCGGUAUUUAACGCGUGCGUGUUUCUCUUGGAAACGGAACGCUCUGAGGUUAUUUACGUCUGCAAGGUACUUGGAGGUUAGGGCAAUAUUUAUAUUGUGAAAAUGGCAGAAUCUGCAUAUCAUAUGGAAGCACUGAGGCGUCAGCGAGUUAUAGAUAGGAAGAAAGUCGCCCUUGAUAAAAUGACAAAUGGUGGAAACCAGGACUCUUAUGAGAAUGUUGAGCAAACAAAUGCCAAAAAUCCAAUAUUGUUCAGUGGUCCUGGCGAUUAUGACACCAACAGAUGCAGUGGAUCUCGGCCGCCAAAACCGCAUAGAGAGAUGGGUGUGGUUUUGCAGGAGGUCGUUCAUGACCCUAACUUUAAUUAUAGAUUGCUUAAGGAAGAGGGUGAACCCCCUUUGCAUGUUGAUCCUAUUUAUAGAAUUAUGUACCCUGGAGCUGUUAUUUACAAAAAUGAGUGAACUGUGCAUGUUUCGAGUCAACGGUGAAGGUUUUCAAAAUCGUUAUAGAAAUCGUGAUAAUCUAUAUCCUCAUGUUGACCAGGCCUAUGCAUGCAUUUACCCUGGAAAAGAUAAUUCUGAAUACACGAACGAUGAAAAUCGCAACAAUCGUAGGAUGAAUAAUAGUAUAGACAAAUAUUCUAUAAGCCAGCAAGUCAAUGGGAAGUUCCAUAUGCAAGUUAUUGAAACAACACAACACUUGAGUGACUGAAAAUAUAAAUUUUGCUAGUUUUUGGUGGUGUUGGUUUUUUUAGAAUUUGCAUUUUUUAAGAAGACCAGUGUUCAAUGGUUUCCUCAUGAACUUUUUGCAGGAAUCAGAUUGAGGAUGUUCUAGCAGAAAAAGCUCAAGCAAAGAAGAAUAAACCUUUACCUAAGAAACAAUUGCCUGUUAAAAAACCUCCACCAGAAUCAAUCAGAAAUAUAAAACGUAAUAUGGUUUUUAAGAUACUUCAUCCAUAUGACUCUGAUUAGUAUGUUAUUUAUUUUGUUAGGGGUCACCUUUUACUGUUAAUUCACUGAUAACUAUUUCAUUUUUGUGGCUAUUGGGUGCUACCUGUUGUAUUUUGUGUGUGUGCAAUUUGCCAAUAUUCUCUGUUAGCUUUAAGUUUGUUUUUUUUAGAUUAGAUUAGAAAUACUUUGUCCCUUCUGUUCCAGAUUUUGUUGUUAAAAGUUAACAGUAACUAUACCUUAAAAUGUUUGCUCAAUCUAGUAUUAAUAUCAUACAGUAUUUCUAAUACAUUGUUUUGAUAUGUAUUAUUUAUUGACAAAUGGUGUGAUUUUGUUACAAAUAAUUUUAACCUGUACAAGCUUCAACUAGUCAGAGCCAAUACCAGUAUUAUGUAGUGCAUCUAAUACUCUGCAAAUUUUUUUAAAAUACCGAUUUAUACUUUGUAUACAAUAACAAUAGUCUUUUAUAACUUGCUGUUUUGCAUACUUUCUACAGGGAGUCUGUGCAUUUUUAAUUGUUUAUGGAUACAAUUUUAUGUUAAGAUUUAAGGACAAAAAAAAUGCACACAGCUCCUGGUAUCAAGUUUGUAAGUUUUAAUUUAUCUAACAAUUGUGGAAUAAUUUACUCAAAUCAAUGGAAAUGGGGUUCUUCACCAGCUUCAGUAGUGGUUAGAAAAAAUAUUAAGAAAUCUACCCAAACACUAGCUUGUUUUCCAUUUUCAGAACAGACUUGCCAGCCCACAGAAUCUAUCAUAGGAAAGCGGACAAUACCCCAGAAGACAAAGUGUUUCCUUUACUUCAUCCUCAAGAAUAUGAACACGAAAAACCAAUUACCCAACUGCCUCCUAGAAAACCACACUUUAAAGUCUAAAUAAGCGACAGUCUUCUUUAUUCAAAUAAAAUACACCUAGUCCCCGAUGGAAACAUUGCAUUUAACUUGUGUUGUCAGAAACAAAACCCACUUUCGUACAAAAUGCUGAAUGUUUAUGUCUAAGUUUAUAAUGUGAAAAUGUUACACGUAUUAUAACUGUUCAAAUAAUCUGUGUCAUCUCCCCAUUAAUAUAGAUGCAUUUACAACUGGAUUGGUACUGAGAGAUGUAGAAGACAGUAUGAUCACAGUCGUAAUGGUCCUAUUCUUGCUAGUUCCUGGCAUAGUCUUCGAAGAGAAUUAAAUUCUAUAGGGCAUGGUACACCAUUAUUAGCUGGUGAAGGACGCCCAACUAGAUUUGAUGCAAUAAGAAGGGUGAAAUAAGCCCACAAAAUAGAGAAUUUAUUGCAUGUCUCUUUGUUUUUUUGUGCAACUAAAAUUUCUUCUUCAAUUUCCAAUUUCUGUAUUUUUUGCUUCAAUGGAUGAUUAAUGCAGAUAAAGAUAAUUUGCCAUUUAUAAUGCAAGAUCAAGAUUUGAUGUAAUCCAUUGUGAUUUAAUCUUCAACAAGUUGUGUGCUUUUUUUAAAGUUGGUAAAUAUUUUGAGGUGAUGAAUGUUAUUAAUUUACAAGAUGCCUGUUAUGAUAGGCCAUCUGUGUGUUAAGAAUUGUUUAUUUUUGGGAAACUGUUUGGUGGCAGGAAUUUUUUUCAGCUGUGAUUACAUUUAUCAGUAUUAUUACUGCAAUAUAUAUACACAAUGUAUUUGUUGUUUGCACUUUUUGCACUUGUAUAUGUAUUUCCAUUGUUAUUUACUUUUCAUAUGUAUCAACAUAUGCCAUGUUUUGAUAGUUAAGGCAUUUUCUGAUGAAAUUUUGUUUGACUCUCCAAGUUGAAAGUUAUUUAUUUAUGUAUGAAAUGUGCGAUUUUUAAAAAAAAUAGUACAUUGUAUCUGGUUAUUGUUAAAAAUUUGCUCACUAUUUAAUCUUUGAAAAUCUAGAGUGUACGUACGUAUUGCUUUUAUAUUGUCAAUAAACCUAAUUAUUCUG